AUGAGGCUUGGCGUGCCCCUCGUCACACAAGAUGGCCGGUCGCUGGCGCGCGGGCCGUUGCGCCGGCGUACCCUGAUUGGGAUUGUUGUCCAUGUUGGUUCCGAAGCUGUUCUCGAAGCACUUGGCAUAGAAGGCCAACGUCCUAGUACAGCUGCGCAAUGUGUCGCGCACAGCGCAAUAAUAGAAUUUCCCUGUGGUGUUUGGCCUUGUUUCAUCCCGGACUUGGUUGACAGCGUGUGCAAAGAAGGUGUUCCUGACUCAUUGAAAGCAGCAUGUCUCGAGCCUAUUGGCUACAUCUGUCAAGACAUCCAACCUGCAGUUCUUGCCAAAGUAUGGAACAGUAUCCUGACAGCCAUAGUCAAUGGGAUGCGUUUACCUGAUGAGAACAUUCGGUUAGCUGCUGUCAAUGCCUUGCUGACUUUGCUUGAGUUCACGCAGAACAAUUUUGCCGUCAAAAUAACUCUGGAGGCCAUAAAUUUGGACACGAGCGAACUGGUGCUGCAAGGAAUAGAAUUUUGGAGCACGGUGUGCGAAACCAAACUGGACUUCUAUCAACGCGUCAGAAGCAGCGGAGUUGGAGCGACCCGCGCUGGCUGA